CGUCUCAAACAUUAUAGUUCGUCCGUGGCAAUCGAACAAAACGGGGUAUUAAUAUAAAAAAAAAAAAUCAAGAGCCUGAGUGAUUUCGCUUGAUGAUGAGAAAAGAUGGGAACUUUAUCAAAUUUACGUAUUACCAAAAAAUGUCAGUAAGAUUUCCGCUCCAAUCUAGAAUAUCGGCAAGAAAGUGAAAGUUUGCGAAAACUGGUAUUUUUUUCUCAAUUGUGAUUCACAAAAUUGUUUAAUUGUAUUGAUAAUUUAUUUAUGAUUAUUUGCUCUGGGAAUGAUUCACGUGUGAUAGGAUAAAUUGAAAUAUUAGAGUACGAUAUGAGAAGGAAUUACUGUGGCAUAAUGAGUUUUAAGUGGACUUUUGUAUUUCUCCUUGCUAUUGGAGUAUUUGGUGAGGAAGAUCUGAAGACUUCCACUAAGUUGAGUUUAUCUUCGAAUGAAAACAGUAGAGCAGAUACUACUGUGCAUAAACCAAGGAGUUUGCCUGAUAUUCGAGUGAAUAUAUCGGAUAGUAAUUGGCGUACGAUAGCCGAACGAUUGGACGUUUAUAGUUCUAAAAAUCUUGAGAAGCAUUGGCAGGAGGGUAAAUACUUUGUUGGCAAACAAUGUGACAAGGAUAUUACGAGGUACGUCGAGGGAUUGAAGAAUCAGGAAAUCUGGGCUUUAAAAGGGAUUCUUCAUGAUGACAAUAUCUAUAAAUGAUAGCGUCCUUUCACCGAUUACUAGAACUAUUCAAUUGGGCGUUUGUCUUCCCUUUUCUUGCACCGCUCAGGAUAUUUUUACGAUAGGAAAGUUAUCAGCUAGUGAAACUGCAUCGAAGCAUUCGUUUAUAGAAAAAGUUCGAGAUCAGCACAAUUAUUACGAUAUUUAUCAAGAUCCGGCAUUCUGGGCGUUACUUGGUUCUACGGUUUUUGUCGUUAUUGUAAUGAUAAUUGGGACGGCUUACGAUUAUUACCUGUCCUACAAAGCUGCUCAGAAACGAGUGGGUCUUUACGAUUUAGAGAAACAUGCGAAAUUGGAGCAAGUGCUCAACGAUCGUCAUAAAUUGCCAAACGAAUUUGACGGUAAGAUCUACAUGCCUGUUCCAGUAGGAGACGCCAUCAGUACCAUUGUUGUUACUCCAGUGAACAAUAAUAACGAUCGUGAAUCGAGCACGCCACAGAUUGGUUGCAUGCUUUGGAGUUGGUACGUAGCAGACGACACCCAAUUUUACAUAGUCGGUGCGGUAAUCCUCGUAAUCGCAACGAAUCACUUGAAAGUGGCAGCUUUCUCAGUGAUUACACUAAUGGUGAGCUCAUGGCUGACCACAGGAUACAUAGCUCUCGUGAACAAUCACAUGCCUAGCUCCGAUGACCCAUUAGCACUGUUCGAUAAAAUUUACGAUAAGCCGUGGACGAGACUUGGUCCUUACCUCAUCGGAAUGUCCGUUGGAUAUUUUCUAUUUAAGACUGACUGUAAAGUCAAGAUGUCAAGAACAACUGUUGUUAUCGGCUGGCUUCUGUCAUCAGCGUGUUUACUGAGUUUACUUUAUGGACUAUAUGAAGCUGAAUUAUCACCAAUUACAGCUGCUGCCUAUUCUUCCUUGAGCCACAGUGCAUGGGCACUUGGUCUUGCUUGGAUCGUUAUCGCUUGCAGUACCGGAUAUGGAGGAUGGGUGAACAAAAUUCUCUCAGCACCGAUUCUCUAUCCCUUUAGCAGAGUCACUUACUGUGCUUAUCUAGUUCAUCCAAUGAUUAUUCGGUUGACGGCUAUGAAUUUGGACUCGCCAUUCCAUUUGGGGAAAGAUACAGUGGUGGUCACAUUCAUCGGACAGGUUGUACUUUCCUACAUCGUCUCCUUCGCAGUAUCUCUAUCAUUUGAGGCUCCUAUCGUCAGUAUGCUCAAGAUUCUCUCCCCCAAAAAGAAAAAACGAAUGGAAUGACCCUAACUUAUUGUUUAAAAAU